CUCAGACCGUCUCCCUUCGCUUACUCUCUUACUCUUGCUCGUUCCUCAGCAUCCCUCCACAACUGGCUGACUCCCCGCUCUCCGUCGGUUACUGACCAAGUGUCGAGGCGUGCGGCAAUGGAGCCGCAGAUAGUAUUCAAUUCCUCAGGCAAUUCGUGCGCCCCAGAACUAGAGCAGAUACAGGAGUCACAACCCGGACCGGAACCCUAUCCCGGGUUGCAUCCCGGAAGGUUCUCUGCUCCGGUGGCAGCUUUACUGGCCACGCUCAUGGCGCUGCUGGUGCUGACCACGGUGCUGGGCAACGCUCUGGUCAUCCUAGCUUUCGUGGUGGACCGAAGCCUGCGCACGCAGGGAAACUUCUUUUUCCUUAACCUGGCCAUCGCCGACCUGUUGGUAGGAGGAUUCUGCAUUCCUCUCUACAUCCCUUAUGUCCUGACCGGAGAGUGGAAGUUUGGGAAGGGGCUGUGCAAGUUGUGGCUGGUGGUGGAUUACCUGGUGUGUACUGCUUCUGUCUUCAACAUCGUCCUCAUCAGUUUCGACAGGUUCAACUCUGUCACCAGAGCGGUGACUUACAGGGCUCAAAAAGGAAUGACCAGAAAUGCUAUCUUCAAGAUGGUCAUAGUGUGGUUAGCAGCUUUCCUCCUUUAUGGUCCUGCCAUCAUCUGCUGGGAGUACAUUGCCAGAAAAAGCAUCCUGCCCCGAGGAGAGUGUUAUGCUGAGUUCUACUACAAUUGGUAUUUCUUGAUGAUUGCUUCCACCAUUGAAUUCUUCACUCCCUUCAUCAGUGUCUCCUACUUUAACCUGAGCAUCUAUGUCAGCAUCAGAAAGCGCACGCUCCUGAGAAUUGACAAUCUGGACUCUAGUCGAGAGAAUAGUGAAAUGAACUUCCUGGAGAAAAGAAAGGGACAUGUCAUAUUUUUUGUUAAGCCAGCUGAGUGGAACAGGAACAAGAAGAAAGACCAUGGCCUCUUCCCCAGUGGGCCCCUAGGUCCCAAGAAUGAUAGCCCCUCCUCCUUGGACAUCCAGGGUGAACAAGAUCUGCCUCCAUUGCAAAUUGAAAUGAAAACCAAACCAGGCCAAGUCUAUGAAGCCACAGAAAAUAUUUGCAAUACCACAAGGCACCCGGACAUUGCCAGUACAAUGGCAAACCGCCUCCGUCUCUCUCGGGACAAGAGAGUGGCUAAAUCUCUGGCCAUCAUCGUGUGUGUAUUUGGGCUGUGCUGGGCACCUUAUACGCUGCUCAUGAUCAUCAGAGCUAUGUGUCACGGGACAUGUGUCCAGCAUUUUUUCUAUGAGUUCUCUUUUUGGCUACUUUGGCUAAAUUCAGCCAUCAAUCCUGCUUUAUACCCACUCUGUCACAUGAGCUUUCGGAAGGCUUUCAUCAAGCUGCUAUGUCCUGGCAAAGCCAAAAUUCACCCACAUAUUUUUAGGUGAAGAAAAGGAUGUCUGUGGCUAGGAUCAACAAAACCCUUCAUUUGUCUGCAAAGUGGGGUUCAUGGAGUCCACUUGGUGACUACCAAAAAGUGAAAGCAUCAAAUGAAAAAUACUGCAAGUAUUACUCCAAGUUUAACAUUCUAUCUGGGAGGGGGAUGAGUUACCCAGGAGGGAAAAAUCAUUUUAAAAUUUAUUUCUUUAGGAAAGACUUUCAUGAGAUUUAAAAAUGAUUGGAGUUUGAGUUCAUUUGACUAUAUUUAUACAGAAAAAUUAAUUUUUUUCUUAAGUAAUAAGUGUACCAUAUGUUCUUUUUAUUUGUACAAUGUGAAUAUUCAUCAGAUGCUUGUAUAGUACUAUAUUCUAUGAGGCUUAGUUCAAACCGAUGCAUAUUUAUAAAAUAUGGAUAAAUAAAAGUACUACUUUUAAAAACUCAAAUAUAAGA